GCGGCCGAGUCCCCGCCCCGCCACUUCCGGUCCCGCCGCCCCGAGCCGGUGCGGCUAAGAGGGGCCGCGUCUCGCCGCUGCCGCAGCUGCUGCCGCCGCCGCCGCCGCCGCCGGCUGGCCGGGCAUGGUGUUGGGUGCCGGGCCCGCCUCGCCUGUCUCGGGGUGCCCAGGGGAAAGGUGGCAGUAAUGCUGACGCUUGCGAGCAAACUGAAGCGGGACGACGGUCUCAAAGGGUCCCGGACGUCAGCCACGGCCUCCGACUCCACUCGGAGGGUGUCUGUGAGAGACAGGCUGCUUGUUAAAGAGGUUGCAGAGCUUGAGGCUAAUUUACCGUGUACGUGUAAAGUGCAUUUUCCUGAUCCAAACAAGCUCCACUGCUUUCAGCUAACUGUAACCCCAGAUGAGGGUUACUACCAGGGUGGAAAAUUUCAGUUUGAAACUGAAGUUCCUGAUGCGUACAACAUGGUGACCGAGGAGUCUGGCUCCACAGAACCCCGUACUCCCUCAGCCUCCCAAAGUGAAAUGCCUGACCAGGAUCUGGCACCCCAACAUCACAGAGACGGGCGACAUAUGUCUAAGUUUACUGAGAGAACAUUCGAUCGACGGCACCGGCUGGGCUCCCACAAGGACGUUAAAGGACGCCUGCACCUUACUUGCCGCCUGAUCUUUUCGUCAGCAGCAGUCAGAACUACCGGCCGGCGUUCGCUCCGUAGUGCACCUGACUCCUGCCGUCGUUUCUGAUGGGAUACGAAACACGCAGCCGGAGCCCUUGCCCUGGCGCUGGGUUCCCAGCCUGCGCGUCCCUCAGCCCGAGGCUCGGUCAUCUGGACCAGGCCCGUUUUCCUUGGUGACCGUGUCCUGCUCUGACACUGACAGUCAUACCAGCUCAACCUGAAAGGGUCGUGGGCGUCCCAUCAGCGUGCUUGGGACGCUCUGAGACUGGCGGGCACGUUGCACUGUGCCGUCUUCCUCCCUGUCCCCUCCCCUUCUCUUCCCAUGUCUCAAGAGCAGUGUUUUCCCACACGUGUUAACUUUGGCUCAGUCAUGCACGGCUUACAAAAGCUGUCCUAACUAAAGCGACUUGUAAGUCCAAGUCUGUGCCAAAUCCACAAAAGAUAAGCAUGGCUGGCAAGCGAGAUGCUGCGUGGGAUGCUGUCCCUUGGGUCACAAGGGUGACCCUGGGCAGGCCCGGGCCACGUGUGUGCAGGGCCCUCUCCCCACCAUCCUUCACACACGAACUCUCUGGGCCCUGCCUGUGGAAAGAGCUGCUGUGGAUGAACUGACCUCAUUCGUUGUAUGCCUACUUACUGGUUCAUCUCAUCGAGACCAUCCUCACCCCCGUCCCCUGCUCUUAGUGGAGGACACUGAGGCCCAGAGAGGCGUGCGUGGGCCACAGUGGACCACAGGUGACUGACUGCACUGGCUCUGGGGCCCUGUCUAAUGCUGUGCGUGACCACACCUGGAGGGGGCAGCACCAAGUAGGCCCUUUGGGGGAGGGGCCCAGGGAAGGAGUUUGGGGCCCUGUACCGGAGUCGGAGGCUGGAGGACACCGCGCACUUCCACAGGCCCGACCGCGGAUCCUCCCGAGGUGUGGUCUGAGUAUCGACUGGGGCUGAGAAUCAGCCUGAAAAAAGACAAGGCUGGAGCUGACGGCAAGGAAGGCUGAAAGGGAAUCUGUGGUUGAGUCACAGAUGGCCAGUCACUCCAGAGCGAACAUAGUGGUUUUCCAUUUUGUUUUAAUGGACAUUUCUGAUCUUUGAAUGUUAGGAAACGUUACUAGCCUUCCUUGAUUUUUGAAAUAAUUAGAGCAAAAUUGUUAGGAGGCCCGUGGGACCACGGGUAAUGAGCUUACCUGCAGUCCCCAAGAGGCCACAGAUGCAGAAACAACAAAUUUUAUUGUAAAGACGACUCUCCAGAAGUCUGGACUACAUGAGAGGGUGGCGAGGACGAGGUGGUGUCGGUGGGUUUCUCCUGAGCAGAUGCACCUGUCUUGGGCUGGGCCUCACCCGAGGGCACUUCACAUGGUCCUUGAUUCUGUGCUUCCUGCCCAUACUGCUCACCUCCACGUUCCCAGAGCCUGUUGUCACACUGAAGAGAAGUUGUCGUCUUUUUUUUUUCUAAGUUUCCAUCUUGGGAAAAACGGAGCACGCGGAGGAUAAAUUCUGACAUGGUGCAAUCCCGAUCUCUUUGUCGCGUGUUUGAAAGACUUAGUGCACGAGAGCCUGAAACUUGUUUUCUUCUUUCUUUCUCA